CGUCAACUGCGAUCCCUUUGCCUCCUUUGCGUGAAGCAGCAUGUCAGGCUCCGGGCGAAAAGACUUCGAUGUGAAGCACAUCCUGCGACUCCGCUGGAAACUCUUCAGCCACCCGUCGCCGUCCCCCGGCGGCCCGGCGGGGGGCGGCUGCCCGCAACAGGACGGCAGCGGCAGCUUUGAGCACUGGGGACCCAGCCAGAGCCGCCUGCUCAAAAGCCAAGAGAAGAGCAGUGGGAGCACUUUCUGGAAGAAGCCUUCCUCUUCUUCCUCCUCUUCCUCCUCGUCCUCCCCCUCCUCUUCCUCCUCGUCCUUCAACGCACUGAAUGGCACGCUGCUUCCAGUUGCCACAAGGCUGCAGCAAGGGGCUCCCGGGCAGGGCACCCAGCAACCAGCCAGGACUCUCUUCUACGUGGAGUCCCUAGAGGAGGAAGUGGUGCCAGGCAUGGACUUGCCUGGACCACAGGAAAAAGGGAUGGUCCUGCAGGAGCUCAAAGUGGAGCCCGCCAACUCGAGCCAGGCAACAGGUGAAGGAUGUGGACAAAGGCUGUCAGCAACCAGCCAUUCAAUGACACCUCAAAGUGAUCUGGACUCCAGUAGCUCUGAGGAAUUCUAUCAAGCCAUUCACCAUGCAGAGCAAACCUUCAGAAAGAUGGAAAGUUACUUGAAGCAACAGCAGCUCUGUGAUGUUAUCCUGAUUGUUGGGAACCGAAAGAUACCUGCACAUAGGCUUGUUCUGAGUUCAGUCUCUGACUAUUUUGCUGCCAUGUUUACAAGUGAUGUUUGUGAAGCCAAGCAAGAUGAGAUAAAGAUGGAAGGCAUAGACCCCAAUGCCCUCUGGGACCUCGUCCAAUUUGCAUAUACAGGCUGCUUGGAAUUAAAGGAAGACACCAUUGAAAACCUUCUUGCUGCAGCGUGCCUUCUUCAGCUUCCUCAAGUAGUGGAAGUGUGCUGCCACUUCCUCAUGAAGCUUUUGCAUCCAUCUAACUGCUUAGGAAUCCGAGCAUUCGCAGAUGCUCAAGGAUGCAUUGAAUUAAUGAAGGUGGCCCACAGCUACACAAUGGAAAACAUAAUGGAAGUUAUCAGAAAUCAAGAGUUUUUACUCCUUCCAGCUGAGGAGCUCCAUAAACUACUGGCCAGUGAUGAUGUAAAUGUUCCUGAUGAAGAAACCAUUUUCCAUGCAUUGAUGAUGUGGGUCAAGUAUGACAUGCAGAGGAGAUGCAAUGACCUGAGUAUGCUUCUUGCCUUUAUAAGAUUGCCACUGCUUCCCCCACAGAUAUUAGCUGACCUCGAAAACCAUGCAUUAUUUAAGAAUGAUCUGGAAUGUCAAAAGCUGAUUUUGGAAGCAAUGAAAUAUCAUCUGUUGCCAGAAAGAAGAACUUUAAUGCAAAGUCCGAGAACUAAACCCAGAAAAUCUACAGUUGGAACUCUGUAUGCUGUAGGAGGAAUGGACAACAACAAAGGAGCUACAACCAUAGAGAAAUAUGACCUCAGAACAAAUUUGUGGAUCCAGGCAGGGAUGAUGAAUGGCAGGAGGUUGCAGUUUGGCGUGGCUGUUAUUGAUGACAAACUCUUUGUAAUUGGAGGUCGAGAUGGCUUAAAGACCUUGAACACUGUUGAAUGUUACAAUCCCAAAACCAAGACUUGGACUGUUUUACCACCAAUGUCAACACAUAGACAUGGUCUAGGUGUAACAGUACUUGAAGGCCCGAUCUAUGCUGUGGGGGGCCAUGACGGCUGGAGCUACCUGAACACAGUGGAGAGGUGGGAUCCGCAGAGUCAGCAGUGGACCUUUGUAGCCAGCAUGUCCAUUGCUCGGAGCACAGUUGGUGUAGCAGCACUGAACGGCAAGUUGUAUUCAGUUGGAGGUCGGGAUGGAAGUUCCUGUUUGAGUUCAAUGGAAUAUUAUGAUCCUCAUACAAAUAAGUGGAACAUGUGCGCUCCCAUGUGUAAGAGGAGAGGAGGUGUUGGAGUGGCCACAUGUGAUGGUUUUCUUUAUGCAGUAGGAGGCCAUGAUGCUCCUGCUUCAAAUCAUUGUUCCCGGCUGCUAGAUUAUGUAGAAAGAUAUGACCCCAAAACAGACACUUGGACCAUGGUGGCCCCCUUGAGUAUGCCCAGAGAUGCUGUUGGGGUCUGUCUCCUUGGUGACAGAUUAUAUGCUGUUGGUGGCUAUGAUGGGCAGACAUACCUCAACACUAUGGAAUCCUAUGAUCCACAAACUAAUGAGUGGACACAGAUGGCUUCCUUGAAUAUUGGGAGAGCAGGAGCCUGCGUGGUAGUCAUCAAGCAACCUUGACUUUAUUUUAUUUUAUUUGGAGGGAUUUGAUUUGCUGAAGUGGGUUAUUUUUAUAUUGUAUGGCAAGAGUGAGAACUUCUUGAGGUGAAAACUUUUCAAGAACAAGGAUUUCUGUAGAUUCACCUACUGAUGUCAAAAGAGGCAGAAGAUCAAACAGAAUUAUAGAAAACAGGAACACAUCAAACCUAUACAGGAACAAUGUCUGGCCAAUAUGUUAGUUCAGGAACGGUUAGUGGUAAUUUGUUUUGUAUUAUACCAUACAAUAACUAGAGUUACCAAAGGCUUGCUUUUCUUGAACAGUUGAAAGGAGAGACCAAUAUUUGUGACAUGGAUAAUUUCAUGACUGAAACUCAUUCAAUUGUUUUAUAAUCAGUGGCAAUAUCCAAGAGAUUGCUAAGAGUAGAAGACAGGAUAUUGCAUCCGACAGAAUCUGAUUGGUUUAGUGUUCUUUUAAUCAAACGUGGUCAAACCAUAAAGCAGAAUGAUGUUUUAUUAAAACAAACCUGCUUCUUUCUCAUUGUCUUAAGCUAUGAGAACAAUUAGAGAAACAGAUUCAUGCUUGUUUCUUGCAUUCAGAAAACAAACUGUCCUGCUAAUCAAAGCUGCAUAUCUCAUCAGAGAUGACGACUGAAUUUUAUUGCAACCAUGUUAGCAAUCUGAAACUGGCAAACUCAAAGGAGUGUUUUCAUUAGACCUGCUGCUUUGCUUUGCUUUUUUAACACACUGAGCCAAAGAUUCAGUACAAUUAUGGGCUUUUGCCUUAUGUUGAGUUCAGUGUAAGCAUGGAAGCUAGUUGUUCUGAAUGUUGUAUAUAUCCAUUGCAUGGUGAGGUCCUUUAGAAUUUUGUUCUUAAAGAAACUUAGAACUUCAGAAAGGAUAUGAUCCAUUAAGUUGGAGUAUUUAUGAUUAUUGCUAGCAGGAAAGAGGACUGCAGAUUCCCAUUCCCCGCUUUUCAAACUUGUUACAUUGAUAUGUACAUUAUUUUAAGGCAAAUGUUUGUAAUUGUUUAAAGCAUAAAGUGAAAACAUUAUACAAUAUCCUUAAUAAAUAAAUCCAUGUAAAUUUUAAAUACAAUUAAUAAAUGACCAAAAAAUUUGC